AUGCCGGCGAGUGCGAGGCAGUUUUCUGACGCUUGGACUUCGGCUUGGUCCUCCAAGCCUUUGGCAUGUGGAUACCUCGACGACUGGGAGUUGGGCUUGAAGCAGCCGCAGCCGAUUCUUCGCCAGUGGCAGCUGCCGACCAUACUCUACUACCUCGACCAGAUGGAACUGGAGUCUUCUCUUCAGAUGAAUCCUCGGAGCUACCAUCGUCACUUCCAUGGCGACUACGCUUGGAGUGCAGCUCUGAACUUGUUGAGCAGUCUUGGCCAAGGCUUCAGCAGGGGCGAACGGAUCUUCUUGAUCGCCUGCCUCUUUCUGGAAUUACAGGGGAGUGAGGAAGGUGCCCUGGUCAAGGCCGAGUGUUGA